UGUCCCGAGCUGUGCUGUGCAGGGGAGACAGUGUCUCUCAGCUGACAGAUGAGGGGCCUCGCUGCUGAGCUCCACUCUGAGGAGGUGUUGGAAUAACUGAAGACAACAGCGGAGGAGGAGCAGGAGGAGCAGGAGGGGGAGUCACUCGAGGAGAAAGUUCACCGUUUGGCGGACGGACGGUCAACACUGAGUGUAAAAGCAACCAUGGCGGGCAGGGGGAAAGUUUGUCCCGCCGGACAGAGCCAGCUCCAGGACGACUCGGACUCGGACUCGGAGCCGGAGGGUGAGCCCGUCCGGGUGACAGGCAGCGGCCCUUCCGCCGCAGCCUUCCCCCGCUCUCAGGUCAUCCACAGCGGACACUUCAUGGUGUCGUCCCCGCACAGCGACUCGGCGCCGCGCAGGAAGAGCGGCGGCUCCAUGAGAUAUGACUUUGACACGGUGAACCGGACCUGGUGCCAGACGUACCGGUUCAGCUCCGGCUGCCUGAGCAUCGACCCCACUCUGACCCGCCUGUUUGACUGCAUGUCCCUGGCCUACAGUGGUAAGAUAGUGUCCCCCAAGUGGAAGUCCUUCAAGGGUCUGCGGCUGCUGUGGAGAGAUAAGAUCCGUCUGAACAACGCCAUCUGGAGAGCUUGGUUCAUUCAGUAUGUGGAGAAGAGGAAGAACCCAGUGUGUGGCUUCGUCACGCCGCUGGAGGGCUCCGAGGCCGAUUCACACCGAAAGCCUGAAGCGAUUGUACUCGAAGGCAGCUACUGGAAGCGAAGGAUCGAGGUGGUGAUCAAGGAGUAUCACAAGUGGAGGAUUUACUAUAAGAAGAGGCUUCAGAAAAAGAAGGAUGAUAUUCUAUCAAUGCUGCAAGAGGGUCAGAUCUGCCAGGCCAAGCUGGAGAAAUGGUCCAAUCAGAUGUACCAGGAGCCUGAGGCGGCGCCGGUGGAGGUCCACAUGUUUGACCUGGACUGCCUUCUGUCUGACAUCUCCGACACCCUGUUCACCAUGACGCAAAAACCAUGUCCCUGGGCCAGCGACCGGCACGACACGUACACCAGCAACGCUGACAUCAUCCAGCCGGGCCUGACCCCACUGCAGCCCAACCUGGACGAUUUCAUGGAUAUACCAGAUAUCUUUAUGAACUACCGGGGCCAGCCCACUGAGCAGACUGGUUUUGCUGACUGCGGCUAUUUUGAGAGCUCCUCCAGCACGGCGUAUGCUCCACUUCCCUCCCCCGUGGUAACGGCUCCUCAGCAACUAAUUGACACCCAGCUGGCUCAGCCUAAUUUGUCAUCUGAGAAUUUGCCCCAGCCCUCCUCAUCCAGCAGCAGAGCGGAGCAGAGCAGGCCGGGCCAGGAUUGUAGUGAAUACCACACAUCCAGCAUCAUAUCCGGCAGCAUGCCGUACGGACACCAGUCGUACCCGGACCCACCUGUUUCUAUAGCGUUCACCAGCAUGGAGCAGCCCGCCUUCGCCAGCAUCCCUUUCCUCUACCCGCUGCCGUGCCACAAGUUCGGCUACUACACGACCACCAGCGUGACGCCCACCGUCAUCACCCACACCGCCUCCACCGUGGGGCCCCAGGGCUACCCGCACACAGGGGACACGUACCCCCAGAGUCCCUGCAACUCUCUCAGUUACCCACCCGCCGUGUCUGACUCGGCCCACGCCGCGCUGCCCUCUGUCACCGCCGCCCACUGCUUCUCAGUGCCGGAGCAGCUGGCUGUUACUGGGGUCAGAGGGAAGCACAAGCAGAAGACCGGAGGAGCCAGGACAGUCGGUCCCUCUGCGGCCCCGUCGGGCCCCCCUCCCACUAGCUGCCUGGCCAAGCUGCUGGCCUCCAGCGCACAUGAACGGAAGCCAUCACUGGGAUUUGAUUCUACUCUAGUGACAGCCAAAGGUCAGAGGUCAUCACCUCCCAGCUCCGCGCAGUCAAGCAGCAGCAGCAGCAGCAGCACACAUGUUGGAGGAGCUUCAUCACAGCUGCAGCACGGGGCUGCGUGGCCUGCAGGGAUCCCAGUGAUGACAACUCUACACAGCCAGAGCGCCACGCUGGGGCACAGCGGACCCCACGCCAGCACCUCCAGAGGCUCGGCGGUGUCCGCCCUGCUCACUCACGGCUCCACACACACCGGGACAGCUCUGCUCAUUCCCAAGACUGAGAAACUGUCUCCUGUCCAGCUCUACGGCUCGGACAGAAACAGCCUGACAGUGACUUUUCCAGGACAUCCAGGCCAAACGUCACCACCAAACCCUCUAGAUAAAUCCUCCAACCCCGAGUCCCCACACUCGUGCUUCUCAGGACAUGGAAAGAUAGAAUCAAGUAAGCAAACAGAAACCAGGAGGAUAACUCACAUUUCGGCUGAACAGAAGAGGCGCUUCAACAUCAAACUGGGUUUUGACACGUUACAUAACCUUGUGACAACACUGAGCUCCCAGCCAAGCAUAAAGAUCAGCAAAGCCACCACGCUGCAGAAGACUGCCGAGUACAUCAGUAAGAUGCAGCAGGAGAGAGCUCAGCUGCACGAUGAGGCUCAGAGACUCAGAGAGGAGAUCCAGCUCCUCAACUCUGCCAUCAAUGCGUGUCAGCAGCAGCUACCAGCCACCGGUGUUCCCAUCACUCGGCAACGCUUUGACCACAUGAGGCAGAAGUUCCGAGAGUACGUCCAGGCACAGACGCUGCAAAACUGGAAGUUCUGGAUCUUCAGUAUCAUCAUCGAGCCGCUGUUUGAGUCCUAUAAUGGAAUGGUGUCCACUGCAAGCGUGGAGGACCUGUGUCGAUCCACUCUGUCCUGGCUGGACCAACACUGUUCCCUGCCUGCCCUGAGACCCAUGGUCCUGAGUUCACUCCGUCUCCUGAGUACCACCACCUCCAUCCUGACCGAUCCCAGCCUGCUGCCGGAGCAGGCCACCCUCGCUGUCACCCAGGGCGACCUCGCUGCUGCUCUGGACCACUCCUUACAGCCCGCCGCUCGGGACAGUUUACACCCCAUGUGACGGUGAAGAACAGACUCAGUGGAAACUAAACCACAAUGGACAGGAGAAACCGCAUCAGAAGAGCCUGUGGAAUGAUUAAAAAAGACUCAACACUCAGCUCAGAGACUUUUAAUAAAGCAUAAUCACAUUCCAAUAAAACUCACCAGCUGCAAAAAGAAUGUAUUCCAGUACACCCAAAAAAUCACAGUAACUUUUUGUGAUCUAUGCUUAAAUUCUGAUAAAAGCAUAACAUACUUGUACUAGACACUUGUAAUUAUUUCUCUGCAUUGUUUUCCUUGCAGAAGUUCAGAUGAAUGGAAGUAAAUGUCAGACACUGUCAAAAACUUAAUUUUCUUUUUAAAUCAUUUGGUUUCACGAGUUGACUGCAUUUAUUUUUAAUUCCUCUCACCUCUCAGCUCAUCUUUUUUGUGCAUAUUAUAGUAUUUGCUUCAAUCACUGACAUUUAUUCAGUAUAAUAGGCUCCUCACACCUGUCUUCCAUUGUAAUGGGUAUCACACACCAGUGCUAUUGUUGUAAGAAAUGAAUAGCUUCAGUUAGGAGGCAGGGGUGAUGUUUUGUAGUAUUUAUUUAGAAUAUUUAGUUUCAUGGUUCUCAAAGUGAGAGGUUGCAAACAAUUGAAGGGGUUCCCAGUAAAAUGAACGCAAGCGAAAUUUGAAUGAGAAAGGCUACCUGCUCUGAAUAGAGAUUUCACUCUUUCAAUUUUUCACCAAACCAGACCAAAAUAUCAUUUAUUUAUAUCAAUGACAUUUUUAAAAAUGAUUUUAAAUUGAUUGACAUCAGAACUUCUGCACCCGAGGCACAGAAAGAAAAGCACACAGUUUAUAGAAGAACAUUAUUCCUGAAUACUCUGAUCCAGGCCUUUUCACAACAGUUGGAGUGUUAACAUUGACGAUGGUUCUGUUCUAUGGAGGAGCCAUAUUUUGGCUGGAGCAGCCAAAAAUAAAAAUAAAAAAAGAAAUUAUUCAAGAAAUAUGUUAUCAUGCCAUGAAAUAUAGCAAAAAAAUAUUAGAAAAAGAUAAAGGAUAAAUCAUUGAUUUAUAUAACUAAACACACACGCGCACACACACACACACACACACACAUAUAUGUAUAUAUAAAGUUAAAAAAAUCCCAAACCAACCAAAACCUAAACAAAUUUUUAAAAAGUAAAUAAAAAUUAUAUAUAUAUAUAUAUAUAUCAGACUUGUGGGGGUUAGGCCAUCAGUUAUUUCUGUUUUCCCUAUAAACGGUAGUAAAACGUCUACGGACAGGCACCUUAACAUCUACAUUUUGCCAACUUCAAGUCUAGUUUUGAGUUUCUCUAGCUAGCUUUAAAUUCCAAAUCUCCUGAGAUAUUUCUUUGGUUUCCAGUCUCUCAUUUGCACUUGGCACCUCGCUGCAUUCUGACAAAAUCAUAUUAAUAAAUGCUCAUUAUUACUUACUAGUAGUGAUGGUCCAAUGAAGCCUCAUGAAGCAUUUUCUUAUGUUCUGAGCCCACUAGAUGGCGCUCUCAGUCUAAAGAAAAAGGCGCAGGCAAUAGUAAUCAAUUGUGCUUUCAGCCCUUUGUUAAACAUAGCGAGCUAUCUAGUGGGCUCAGAAAAUAGAGAAAAUGCUUCAUGAGGCUUCAUUGGCACAUCACUACUUACUAGUAAUGUUGGUAGGCUAAUUUACACUUAGUAGACUGUCACAUCUUCAUUGUGAGGCUCAAAAUAAGGUUUGCGGCUCUGUUCCGACAUUAUUUCUCUUUUUUUGUCCAACGAUGUUUUUUUUGUGAGUAAAGGUUGCCGACCCCUGUGCUCGUAGGACAAUUCUGUCUCUGCAGGAUCAUUUGCCCACCCUAAGGGAUGUUUUUCUGAUAUGUAAUGUGAAGGAAAUUUGGUGUUUCCUGCAUGGUGGGACAUGAAGUAGGCGGCGACCUACUUGGUAUUCAAGACACAAAGCCUUCUGGGAACUCACUCUUUGAACUCAACUCUGAUAACACCAUGAUUGAGGGGAACAUGUGGAUCAGGGGGGUCUGUCCUAAUGCGUUGUAUAGGGCAGGAAGAUAGGACCACAUUGAGACUUGCUGAAGAAUCAAUGCUGGGAAAUACAACAGAUAUAAGUCGAGCGGUGUAUGGGACUUUGUUGUACUGUGAAAGAGCCAUUCGGGAUUGUGUGGUGUAUGGAAUACGAAUGUGCUAAUAAAACUUGCUUACUUAACAGAGUAUUGAGUGCUUUGUGUUUGGCCAGCUCACCCAUUAAAGUAGUGCAGUUGUCAAAAUUGCCACGACAGUAAACAUUUAUUUCCUGAGCAUUAGUAGAACACACUUUUACAGUGAGUAAUGAAGGUUCUACUGUACUCUUACAGUACUGUGUGUUCUUCCAUAUUCUAAAAGUGAGUGAAACUUGAGUGAAAGUUAUAUAUCCCGACUUCCUGUGUUUUGAUUGACACUCUGGGGUGAGGGCUGUCUUAUGUAGCCUGCAUGUAGUGUAGUGUGGAGUGAUAUGGUUAGUAUAUGUACAUAGUUAGGAGAGC